AUGCGCCUGUUUCCAGUCCGAUUCUCCGCCGCCUCCUCUUCGCUGGGGAGUCUGGCCAAAAUGCUCGACUUCUACUCGGGCUUCAAUCCGUCGCCCCUCUCGAUAAAGCAGUUUAUGGACUUUGGUCAAAAUGCCUGCGAAAAGAAAUCUUAUAUAUUCCUGCGCAAGGAGCUCCCAGUUCGGCUGGCGAAUAUCAUGAAGGAGAUCGCCCUUCUCCCGGAUAACCUGUUGCACACAAGAUCCGUAAGCGAAGUGAGCUCCUGGUAUGUCAAGAGUUUCGAGGAUGUGCUUAUUUACGAGAAAGCCGAGCCCACCCACGACAAUCUGCAAAAGUUUGUGGCCGAUUUAGAUCUCAUUAGAAAUCGACACAACGAUGUAGUGCAAACGAUGGCACAGGGUGUGAUCGAAAUGAAGGAGAACGAGGGCGGCCAGGUGGAUGCCCCCACCGAGAGCUCCAUUCAGUACUUUCUCGACAGGCUCUACAUGUCACGCAUCAGCAUUCGCAUGCUGAUCAACCAGCACACCCUGCUCUUUGGAGGAAAUCCCCAUGCGGGUGGUCGCCACAUUGGCUGUCUGGAUCCCGCCUGUGAUCUGUCGGAUGUGGUUCGCGAUGCCUACGAGAACGCCCGCUUCCUGUGCGAUCAGUACUACCUGACCAGUCCGGCGCUGGAGAUCCAGCAGCACAGCAGCGAGCCUGGCGACAACCUACCCAUCCGCACAGUGUACGUGCCCUCUCACCUGUACUAUAUGCUUUUCGAGCUCUUCAAGAACUCCAUGCGUGCGGUUGUGGAGCACCAUGGCCAUGACAACAAUGACACAUUGCCGCCGCUAAAGGUGGCCAUUUGCAGGGGCAAGGAGGACAUCUGCGUGAAGAUCUCUGACCAGGGUGGCGGUAUUCCCCGCUCCCAGACCGACCAGCUCUUCAAGUACAUGUACAGCACAGCGCCGCAGCCCUCGAAAUCGGACCUGCACACGGUGCCUCUAGCGGGCUAUGGAUAUGGCCUGCCGAUCUCAAGGCUCUACGCCCGCUAUUUCCACGGCGACAUUGUGCUGCUCUCCUGCGAGGGAUUCGGUACCGAUGCGAUCAUUUAUCUGAAGGCUCUGUCCGACGAGGCCAACGAAUUGCUGCCGAUCUUCAACAAGACAAGCUCUAAGUUCUAUCGCGCCACCGUGCCCACGGGUGACUGGUCCAAUCAGAGCUCGGAUAUGAAUGCACGCCAGCUGUCGGCCAGCAUACCAAAGCGCUGCGACUUUAUUCAGGACGCUUGAAGGAGGCGCUGUGGCAGCCGCUACUCAGGUUUAGGCAACAGGACGAUUCAGGAACAAACUGUUAUGUGGAUGUCAAAAUCUCGAUAUAUAUCACUGGCCCUAGGCAAACAUUCCCAAACUGCAGCAGCAACAGAAGCAACUGACAUUUGUAUUCAUGGCAGUAACGUGUAGUUAUCGUGUUGUUAUUUGAAAACGAAAAAAAAAAAACGGAUGCAUAAUAAAUAAUGCAAA